CAUUUCUUCAACCAAUUCAUCAUUACAAUGCUUGAAAAUGCUUGAAGUGGUUGGCUGACGAGCAUUUCUGUAGUUCAUUUGAGAGAUUCAUCGUUUAUAUCUACAGUAAAACUUUGCAAAAGAGUGAAAUGGAAUCAUCGGACGAAAUCUACAGGAGGAAUGAAAGAAUAGGGCUAGUGGUGAUAGUCGUACUCGCUUCCCUCUCCGUCGCAACGCUUUUCGUCGCCCUAAGCUAUUACUGCUAUAUAAACAACAAGGUUUCCAAGCGACUCAAACACCGUAAAGGUGAGGGACAUGCAGGAGGACAAACAAAUGAGGUUUCUGAUAAUGUUGAAGUUGCUAUGGAGAAAGGGAUUCAGAUCUUCACUUUUAAGCAACUACAUUCUGCCACCGGAGGUCUUAGCAAGUCCAAUGUUAUUGGACAUGGUGCAUUUGGAUCAGUUUAUCGUGGAGUGAUCCAUGACGGUAGGAGGGUAGCUGUUAAAUUGAUGGAUCGAGCAGGAAAACAAGGAGAGCAGGAAUUCAAAGCUGAGGUGGAACUGCUUAGUAGAUUGCGAUCUCCUUACUUGUUGACAUUAAUUGGGUAUUGUUCAGACAGCCACCACAGGUUGUUAGUUUAUGAGUUCAUGGCAAAUGGUGGCCUUCAGGAACAUUUGUAUCCCAUCAAUGGUCUGUUACAUAAACCUGCAGGAUCGAACACUACUUCAAAGUUGGAAUGGGAAGUUAGGCUGAGAAUUGCACUUGAAGCUGCAAAAGGUUUGGAGUAUCUUCAUGAACAUGUUAGCCCUCCAGUGAUUCACAGAGAUUUCAAGAGCAGCAACAUCCUUUUAGACAAAAACUUUCAUGCUAAAGUUUCCGAUUUCGGCCUUGCCAAGAUUGGAUCCGAUAAAGCCGGUGGACACGUUUCUACCCGUGUUUUGGGUACACAGGGCUAUGUCGCUCCUGAAUAUGCUUUAACUGGACACCUUACAACCAAAUCAGAUGUGUAUAGUUAUGGGGUUGUCCUUCUGGAAUUGUUAACUGGCAGGGUUCCAGUGGAUAUGAAGAGACCACCCGGAGAAGGCGUGCUUGUAUCUUGGGCCUUGCCGAAGCUGACUGACAGGGAAAAGGUGGUGGAAAUAAUAGAUCCGGCUAUGGAGGGCCAAUAUUCAAUGAAGGAAGUGGUUCAGGUUGCAGCCAUUGCUUCAAUGUGCAUACAACCAGAGGCGGAUUACAGGCCUAUAAUGGCUGAUGUGGUGCAGUCGUUGGUUCCACUUGUGAAAUUCAACAGGAAUUUAGCCAGAGGAGGAGGAGGAGGUGGGCUCCCUCCAACCUCUCCCCCAAGCCAGCCGACUGUCUAGCUAGGUUGGUUUCCUUCCUCGGUGCAAAUUAUGUAAGCCAAUUCGACACGUAUGCUAUUAACUGUUUAUGUUGUGUUUGUCAAAAACAUGUUUUUUUUUGUGUGUACUAGUAUGUCUUUUGUCCAGAACUAGAGGAGGAUUAUGCUACCUUUUAAUGGGGAUAUAUAUAUAUUAGGUGUGUUUUU